CCUGUGGCCACAGUCCACUGCUGGACAUGGGUGCUGAAAGUUAUGGCUGGCAGGGAUGCGGCAGGGGCGUUUGCACAGAUCAGGCACGUUUGACUAAUACGCGUGCGAUGUGCCGCGAAAAGUAGGUAGCAUCUGUGGUGGCUUCAGUCCUUUCGGAAAUCAAAGUCUUCAAGCUUGGAAGAGGCAAACAGAAGGAGCGGUUUGAAGCUGAAGGCCUGAUUGCUGCGUCUUUGUGGUUUCUGGCAGAAGCUAGAGAAAGAAUGUGUAGCUGAAAGAUCUAAGCAGCGAUUAGCCAGCUUGAUCUAAGUAGGACACUUCUAUGUACUAAUGAACGGGAGUCGCCGAAGGGGUGGGAGAAAAGUGCAAUGCAAGAGUGCUGAAAUGUGGUUGGUGGCCCUGCCAGUUUGUCGGCCAUGGGGGUCUCCGUUCGCUGGUCCGAUGUGGGGCCCCAGAAGGCACUAGCCGUAAUGGCUUCCUUCGCCAAGCGGUUGCGGGCAUGGUUCAGUCUUGAACCAGAGAGGCGUGCGCGGACUCGCAGGGUGGUCAAGGAGGGGCUAACUAGGGGCGGCUUCUUUCUGAUGGGCCUCCUGCUGGCGUGGCUGUGGAUGAUGCUGAUUGGGCGCAGCAUGACCAACCGCUGCUGGCUGCCAGGGGCGCUGCUCCAAUGGAGGCAUAGAGACGGCAGUCACAAAGUCAUCGACGUCCGACUUUCUGGUCGGUACAAUGGUUCAUUGGUCAUCCCUUUCAAUGCCAGCCUCGAGGAAGCGCGAAGAAAGCACGUUUCAAAGCUGGCCUCUGAGACUGGACCAGUGUUCCGAAGAAAACGACGGUCGUUGUUACAGAGAACGGGGGCUACGGAGAACAAGGCAGCUGAAGGGGGAGCGGAGUUGGAAAAGCAGGUCAUCGUGGGAUUAGAAGAAACGACAGUCAAGUUUAAUCAUGAGUUAGAAGGUAUUGACGUCAAGCACACAGGAAAAGCGGGCGAGGCGGUUGGCAGAGGGUUGCAAAUUUUGAGAAACCAGGAUAGCGAUAGCGGUACACUCUCAGCGACGGAGUUGAGCGGAACCGAUGGAGGCGCACUGAGCGAGAGUGGACAGAAUGGUGUCUUAGGAGUAGGAACUAGACAGGGGACAGAUAGGAGCGCACAGGCGACGGAGUCAUUUAUCGACGGUGCCGGGUCAGGGCGUGCGCUAUCUAUGCAAACGGGGGGCAGUGUAGACAGUCAGAUUGUAGGUACGGGUGCCAUCCACGGUAACCGGUUGGACAGUCAUUUAACAGGGGGGCAACGAAGCGCGGCGGGGCGGUUGCAGAGAUCUGAGGAAGGGCGUAAUUGGAUUGAGACGGGCAAGGGGUUGACGGCUUUGCACCAGGGUGCGACCAGACUUUUGCAAGCCGGGGAGGAGACGGAAGACGGAGAACGCUCUCGGGGCGUAACGGACGUGGUAACGUUGGGGAAGGACGGAAACCCUCUGACAGUGGUCACUCGGCCGCACCCGAGAACUAGGUUGAGGAAUCUGGUGUUUGGCAUCGCGGCAACGGCGGCCACGUGGAGCGAGCGGAAGGAGAUCCUGCGGCUGUGGUGGGAUGCGCGCAGGCUGCGGGGCUAUGUGUGGAUGGACACACCGGAUCUCACCAAGAACAACUGCACCAAGAGCGCCACGACAGCGCGGGACUCGCUUGCGAAAGUGACCGUUCUUUGGGAGGCGCAUCUGACGGAGACCCUGCGCUCGCUCAACCGCACGUGCGGCACCGGGAAGAAGGUCGACUACUCGUGGAUGGAUGUGCCCGACCCGGAACUGCCCCCGGUGCUGUACUCGGCAAACUUCUCGCAGUACGCUUACACGCAUCCGACGGGGCUGCGGAGCGCGAUCCGGGUCGCGCGGGUGGCUGUGGAGAUGUACAGACAAGAUCACCAGAGUGACGUGCUGUGGUACGUGAUGGGCGAUGACGACACCGUGUUCUGCCCGCCCAACCUGGCCGCCGUCCUCUCCAAGUACGACCCCCGCGAGCUGGUCUACAUUGGCGCGCCGAGCGAGUCGCACCUGCAGAACGUCGAGUUCAGCAAUGAGAUGGGCUACGGCGGGGGGGGGUUCGCCAUCAGCGUCGCGCUAGCGGCGCGGCUGAGCGACAUUCAGGACGAGUGCCUGCACCGCUACCCGGAGGUCUACGGCAGCGACGCGCGCGUGCAGGCGUGCCUCGCGGAGCUCGGCGUGCAUAUGCGCAAAGAGCGCGGGUUCCACCAGUACGACCUACUGGGCAACGUGGCGGGCGCUCUGGAGGGCCACCCCGUGACGCCCUUCCUGUCGAUGCACCACGUGGCAGUGUUCCAGCCGGUGUUCCCGCAGCGCAGCGCCAUGGCCGCCCUCGCACAGCUGACGGCCACCAUGAAGCGCCACCCGCGCGAGUUCCUGCAGCAGACCAUGUGCCUCAACCAGGCGGAGAAGUUUUCCAUCUCGAUCGCAUGGGGGUAUUCGGUGCGGUGGUACCCCGACUUCAUCCGGCCCACUGAUCUGGAGAGGCCGCAGCGGACUUUCCGGGCGUGGAACCGGGGCCGAGAACCGUUUGACUUUGAUAUGGAUACAAGAAACACGCCGGUAACGACGUGUCGUGUACCAUCGCUUUUUCACGCGUCAGGAGCGGCUUCGCGGUGGGUGGAUGGGCAACUUCUGUUGGAAACGACCUAUACUCGGACCGUUACAGACUGGACGGAACAGAGCACGACAGAGGAGGGGCCGGUGAGGGGGGGCAGGAUGCGGACAGUGUCGAAGGCAUGUUCGGAGGGAGAAGUGCAUAUUCCACAGAGGGAGGUGACUGAGAUUCGGAUUGUGGCCCCACCAUUGACGGAUGCUUGGGUGCUCGCACCUCGAAGACAAUGUUGUCAAAGCGUUGAGAUUAUUGACGAGAGAACAGCGGAGAUCAGGCUUGAUACUUGCAGGGAAGGUCAACUAGUAAGCUGAACCUGCCGCUUACUGAUUUGUCUGCUCAGGUGCUUUCUCCUACGCUUUGAGACUUGUGAUAGUCAAACUUGAAUGCAGCUCGGCUCGAUCCACCG